GGGAAUUCGUCCGGUGCGCGUAGUUCAGCGUCCUGAGAGCUGCGAGUUUGUAUUGCAGUUAGGAAUCUGAAGUGAACAAGAACGUGGGAUGUCAUCAAUGUGUUCCGUAUACACAAUUGGUGGGGUGAAGAUUAACUUCCCCUGUAAAGCGUACCCAUCACAGCUUGCUAUGAUGAAUUCUAUUGUCAGAGGAUUGAACAGUAGGCAGCAUUGUCUGUUGGAGAGCCCUACUGGAAGUGGAAAAAGCUUAGCCUUGCUUUGUUCUGCUUUAGCAUGGCAACAGUCUUUUAGUGGGAAGCCAGUGGAUGAAGGCUUAAAUAAAAAAGCUGAGGUACCAUUGUCAUGUUGUUGUGCAUGCCAUUCAAAGAAUCCUACACACAGUGAUGUGAGCCGAGAGACUUCGCAUCAUUUCAGUAGCCCUGGUACUCCACCACCUGAAAGGAAUGGCACUUCAUCAACUUGCCAAGAUUCUCCUGAAAAAAACACACUGGCUGCAAAGUUAUCUGCUAAGAAACAGGCAUCCAAAUACAGAGAAGAAAACGGUGAUUUUCAAGUAGAGAAGAAAAGAAUUCGACCCCUUGAAACUGCCCAGCAGAUUAGAAAGCGUCAGUGUGUUGAAAAGGAAGUACACCAUUCAGAUGCACAAGAUGCUUUGGGGAACACUUUGAAACUCAACUCUCCAUUAGGAAAGCCUCCUGGCCACUGUUCUAGGUGCUGUUGUUCCACUAAACAAGGAAACAGUCAAGAGUCUUCAAAUACCAUUAAGAAGGAUCAUGGGGGGAAAUUCAAGAGGCCCAAAAUAUAUUUUGGGACACGCACACACAAGCAGAUUGCUCAAAUUACUAGAGAGCUCCGGAAGACAGUGUAUUCAGGGGUCCCAAUGACUAUUCUUUCCAGCAGGGAUCAUACUUGUGUCCAUCCUGAAGUAGUUGGUAACUUCAGCAGAAAUGAAAAGUGCAUGGAAUUGCUGGAUGGAAAAAAUGGAAAAUCCUGCUAUUUUUAUCAUGGUGUUCAUAAAAUUAGUGACCAACACACAUUCCAGACUCUUCAAGGGAUGUACAAAGCCUGGGAUAUAGAAGACCUUGUCAGCCUGGGAAGAAAACUAAAGGCGUGUCCAUAUUAUACAGCUCGAGAACUGACAGAAGAUGCUGACAUAAUAUUUUGUCCCUACAACUACCUUCUAGAUGCACAAAUAAGGGAAAGUAUGGAUAUAAAUCUGAAAGAACAGGUUGUCAUUUUAGAUGAAGCUCACAACAUUGAAGACUGUGCUAGGGAAUCAGCAAGUUACAGUGUAACAGAAGUUCAGCUUCGGUUUGCCAGAGAUGAACUAGAUAGUUUGGUCACCAGUAAUAUAAGAAAGAAAGACCACGAACCCCUACGAGCUGUGUGCUGUAGUCUUAUUAAUUGGUUAGAAGCAAACAGUGAACAUCUUGUAGAAAGGGAUUAUGAAUCAUCCUGUAAAAUAUGGAGUGGAAAUGAAAUGCUUUUAAAUUUACACAAAAUGGGCAUCACCACUGCUACUUUUCCCAUUUUGCAGGGGCAUUUUUCUUCCGUUCUUCAAAAAGAAGAAAAAGUCUCACCAAUUUAUGGUAAAGAGGAGACAAUAGAAGUGCCCAUUAUUAGUGCUUCAACUCAAAUAAUGCUCAAAGGACUUUUUAUGGUGCUUGACUAUCUUUUUAGGCAAAAUAGCAGAUUUGCAGAUGAUUAUAAAGUUGCUAUUCAACAGACUUACUCCUGGACACAUCACACUGAUAUUUCAGAUAAAAAUGGAUUCUUUGCUCUACCAAAAAAUAAGAAGCAUUCACGACAGAAAACUGCAGUUCACGUGCUAAACUUUUGGUGCUUAAAUCCAGCUGUGGCAUUUUCAGAUAUUAAUGGCAGAGUUCGGACGAUUGUUUUGACAUCUGGUACAUUAUCACCAAUGAAUUCCUUUUCUUCAGAGCUUGGUGUUACAUUUACUAUCCAACUAGAGGCUAAUCAUGUCAUUAAUAAUUCACAGGUUUGGGUUGGUACCAUUGGUUCAGGCCCUAAGGGUCGAAAUCUGUGUGCGACCUUCCAGCAUACUGAAACAUUUGAGUUCCAGGAUGAAGUGGGAGCACUUCUGUUAUCUGUGUGCCAGACUGUGAGCCAAGGAAUUUUGUGUUUUUUACCAUCUUACAAGUUACUAGAAAAAUUAAAAGAACGCUGGCUCUACACUGGUUUAUGGCAUAAUCUGGAAUUGGUGAAGACGGUCAUUGUAGAACCCCAAGGAGGAGAAAAAACUAAUUUUGAUGAAUUACUGCAGGUGUACUAUGAUGCAGUCAAGUACAGGGGAGAGAAAGAUGGAGCCCUUCUUGUAGCAGUUUGUCGUGGUAAAGUGAGUGAGGGUCUGGAUUUCUCAGAUGACAAUGCCCGUGCGGUCAUAACGAUAGGAAUUCCUUUUCCAAACGUGAAAGAUCUGCAGGUUGAAUUAAAGCGACAGUACAAUGACCAUCAUUCAAAAUUGAAAGGACUUUUACCUGGCCGCCAGUGGUAUGAAAUUCAAGCAUACAGGGCCUUAAACCAGGCCCUAGGUAGGUGUAUUCGACACAAAAAUGACUGGGGAGCUCUUAUUCUAGUGGAUGAUCGCUUCAGGAAUAACCCAAGUCGCUAUAUAUCUGGACUUUCUAAAUGGGUAAGACAGCAGAUUCAGCACCAUUCAACCUUUGAAAGUGCCCUGGAGUCCUUGGCUGAGUUUUCCAAAAAGCACCAGAAAGUCAUGGGUGUAUCCAAAAAGGACAGAAAAUGUACUCAAGACAGUGCGUCUGCUCUUGAAGUGGCCUCUUUGCAGGACAGUACCCCUACUUGUUUGUUGGAAGCAGCAAGUCAUCUAUCUCCAGGAAAUCCUAGGGAAGAUGAAGCAAAAAUGUGUGUCCAGGAACUACAGUGUCCUAAAAUGAUUACUAAAAAUCCAUCUCUACCUAAUGACAUCAUCUCCAGAAAGGAAAAAAAUGAUCCAGGAUCAUUGGAAGAGUCUGUCCAGGCAGUGAAAGCAGAAGAAAAUGUGAUUUCCAGAUCCACAAGCCCAACAUUCAACAAACAAACAAAAAGAAUUAGCUGGUCUGGCUUUAAAUUGAGGGGGCCGUGUUUUACUGGUAAAAUACAGACUGCAGUACCUGAGCUCCAUUCAUCAGAGAACUAUGCUUCUGGUGCUUGCACUUUUGAAGCAGAAAAAAUAGAAAGUAAAACAGUUUUGCCACUCACUGUUAAGCAUGAGUCCUCAAAUCUAACAACAAACACAUCAUUUGGGCCAUCUUCCCAGUCAGAAAGCACUGUGUCGUCAGUAAAGAUUGAUGCUACUCUUACUAAAAAAGAUGACUCAAAACAACUGCCCUGCUAUGAAGAAACCCCAGACGUGGAUAUUGCAUUGUCUCCUGGAAGCAAAGAAGUUAAACAUUCCAGUCCAAGUAGAGCUUUGGAAACAGAGGAAGAAGAUGAGUCUAUCUAUUUCACACCUGAACUCUAUGAUCCAGAGGAUACAGAUGAAGAAAAAACUGAGCUAGCAGAAACUGAUAGACUCAGUAAUGAGUUUUACAUUUUAGCAAGAGACCUUUCUGAAAUUAAAGGAGUGGUCAGAGAAAUAAAAACUAAGGAUUUCACAAAUACAAAGUUGAAUAGAAUCAUGCAUAUUGGAAAAAAAAAAUUGAUAAUAGUAAUGUAAAAUGUGUAAAUGGUGCUGGGAAAAAUUCAUGGAAUAGAACUUUAAGCAGUGUCUCUCGAUGUUAGGUAAUAAUACUUAAUUGUCAAGCUGUAAAAACAUGUCAAAUUUUGUCAAACUAUUGUAAGUAAUUCAUACAUUGGAUAAAUGACUUUUUUUUUUUACAAAUCUGAGAUAUACUUUUUCAGUGUCUUCAGAUUUUAAGUAUUUUAUAUUCAAGAACUGUUUUACUAUUCUCGUGUUUUGAUAAAGCAAUUCUUACAAAGUA